AUGGCGAGCGGCGGCAGCAGCAGCAGCAGCAGCGGCGGGGGUACGGGCCGCUCGGGAUCUUCGCACGAGUACGGGGCCGCCGCCGCCGCCGCCCGCCGCGCAACGACGACGACGCUGGCGACGGGGACGAGCUCGACGCACCGGCGCUACGCGCGCAGUAACACGGCGAGUGUCACGCAGCUGCUGUCGGACAGCUGCAGCAGCAUCCUGCAGCGGUUCCGGCGCAAUCCGAGCGAAAAGUUGGACCUCCAGCAGAAGCGGCCGCAACAGCACCGCGGGUUCCACGAGCUAGCAACGUCGGCGUCAACCAGCUCGAUCCGGUCGCACGGCAGCGCGGUGUCGGCCACCUCCGACUACGGCAGCCUCGGUUCGUCGACAGACUCGGUCCACCGAUCGCCCUACGCCCUGAGCAGCCUCAACAGUACGAUGAGCUCCUACUACAAGCCCCUGUUCCGCACUUUCGGCAAGCGCUUCGAUUCCCCGGCCACAGGUAGCGUCGCAUCUGUGUCCUCGUCCGCACUCGGCAACACGAUAGCGGCCGACGAUAAGGACAAGACGCCGCUGGUCGUGCCGAAGCGGGUGCCCGCACCUUCAACCGGUGGUGACGGUGGUGGUGGUGGUGGUGGUAGUGGUAGUGGUAGUGGCGGUGGCAGCACCAUCUCUCGCCUGGAAUCCAAGUACUCCGACAUCCUGAGCCGGGUGCAGAAGGAGCGCCAUCUCAAGGAGCGGCGCAAAGACGGCGAGCAGGAUGAAAAGAAACCGCAGCUGGAGGAACCGGAUGAGGAGGAGGGGGAGGACAAGGAGAAAACGCUGGAACCGCCCGGGGCCGGCCGCACCAGCGGCAGCAGCAGGCGACCCCUGAACCCCCUGAUGAAGAGUGCCUCCACCGCGACGAACCUGUCGGGGACGAAGGAGCGCACCCCGUACAAGCUGCAGCUCGGGCGCAGGACACCCAAGGACGCCCAGGACAGCCUGGGGAUGCUGGUGUACCGCGAACCGAACCGGAAUGGCCACCACCACCAGGCAGGCAAGGAGAACGUGUUCAAGUCGAAGUACGACCCGACCGAGCUGCUAUGGGAGCUGGAAGGGGGGGCCAGCGGGCAGAAGGGCCGCAGGCCGACGAAGCCGUACCGGCGGAGCGACACGACGGACAUGAGCUACUUGCACCGUCCGCGCCCGGAGCGCGAUGGAGCCGGCGCAGUGCCGACGUUUGACGACCAACAGCAGCAGCAACAGCGGAAGAAGGAGCGCCGGAAGAGCUACCAGACCGGUGCUGGGCGGUACUUCGACGCCGACGGCAUCUGCACGCUGUCGACGAGUGACGAAGAGUCGACGCCCAGUGCCGGCGGCGCCGCGGAAGGGCAGCGGAAGGGUAAUCGAUGGGAGAUCGAGAUGCUGCUCCAGAAGUACGCACCGCUCGACGGGGCGCCGGAGCUGCAGCGGAAGCAGUCCCCGCGGCCGCCCCGCGAACGUCGCUCGCACGUUACCGCCAAUCCGGCCGAGGGGCACCACCGGCAGCGUACGUCGUCCUCGAACGUCCGCAUGUAUCCUGCUGGGACGGCAGGGACCGACAGCCGAAGCAGCGGCAGCCGAAGCUACUUGUCCGGGGGGCUGCAAACUUCGUGCACCAUGCCGAACGUGGCGUCCCACCUGCUGAACGGUGACGGGUACGGUCAUCACCACCACCACCACCACCACCAUCACCAGUACCAGUACCACCACAGCCGGCGCAGCGCCGCCAGUAACUCGCAGGUCCCAGGGCAGAGCCAUCUGCUGCGUGGUAGUGGUGCUGGCGGCGGCGGCGGCCCCCGUUCGCGCAUCCCCAAAGCACUGUCGACGUUUCGAGCGAACCUGUCAUCUGUGCGGGAUGAUUUGGAUGGUCACCUGAACUACAGCAUUGGCGACGUGCUGCACAACAAGUAUGAAAUUAUUGGUCGCCUCGGGGAAGGCACCUUCGGACGCGUGGUGAAAGUUAGAAAUGUGGAAACCAACCAGCUGAUGGCACUAAAGGUGAUAAAAAACGUCGAGAAGUACCGGGAUGCAGCCGAACUCGAAAUUACGGCGCUGGUCAAGAUACGCCAAGCGGAUCCCAACCUGAAGCACCUCUGUGUGAAAAUGGUGGACUCGUUCGAUUACUUUGGCCACACCUGCAUCGGGUUCGAAAUGCUCGGCCUAAGUGUUUACGAUUUUCUGAAAGACAACAACUUUCAUCCCUACCCGAUGGAACAGGUGCGCCACAUCUCGUACCAGCUGUGCUACGCGGUCAAGUUCCUGCACGAGAAUCGGCUCACGCACACGGAUCUGAAGCCGGAAAACAUACUUUUCGUCGAUUCGUCGUACAGCACGCUGUCGACGAGCCAGGAAGAGCGGCGACGGGUGAAAAACACCGACAUCCGGCUGAUCGAUUUCGGCAGUGCCACCUUCGACGACGAGCUGCACAGUACGAUCGUGUCGACGCGUCACUACCGCGCGCCAGAAGUGGUGCUGGAACUUGGCUGGUCACAACCGUGCGAUGUGUGGUCCAUAGGUUGCAUCAUGUACGAACUGUACAAUGGAGGGACGCUGUUUCCAACUCACGAUAACCGUGAGCAUCUGGCCAUGAUGGAGCGCAUUCUUGGACCCAUCCCAGACCGCAUGGCAAGCCUAACUAAAACGCGAUUCUUCGUGCGCGGCAAGCUGGACUGGGAUGAGAAGACUCUAGCCGGGCGCUUUGUACGCAACCGUCAGCCGCUGCACCGCCAUGUCGUGGUUAACACACCCGAGCACCUUCAGCUGUUUGAUUUGAUUCGUAAAAUGCUGGCCUACGAACCGAACCGCCGCAUCAAAUUAGACGAUGCCCUUCGACAUCCGUUUUUCGACAAGCUUCCAGUGUCCCAGCGGCUCUACCCCGAACACCCCAUAGUAAAAGCAACAGACCCACGACAACCGGAUCCAUCACGUAAAGUGCGUAAGCCGAUGCCCCUCACACUGCUACCCAUAAUGGCCCGUUGGCAAAAGGGGACUAUCGGAUUUAGAGCCUAACAUCAUCCUCCACCAGCAGUGCGCUCGCUACGAAGAUGGAUUGACAAAGAACAGAUUAAUCACAGCAACGUACACAAUAGGAUAGAGGGGUCACGAGAUGCGAGAAAAGGGGCUGUCAGCAUGGAUGGCUUCAUGAUGUGCCCAGCAACAGUCAUAAUAGCAGUGUGCUAGUUAUUAACAAUAACGACACCGUCGAAUCGAAUUAAGGAAUUUUUUGCAACAUGAUUCCAACGUUACCAGCCAAGCCAGAAACAAUAGUCAUUGCUACAGCCUAUAUUCUAUUUAGUUGCUAUUAGAUGGUGCUGGAGAUAAUGUUAAAAUUAUGAUGUUUCUUGUACGUUUGAUCACUUUCUGAUCACUCCCUUUUAUUGCUCAUUUAAUUAUGAAUUACGAAUUUGCUUGCUAUAUGUUCCCAAGUUCCUAUACCGAUCAAAAUCCCACGUUUUGGCUGUUUCGUAAAAUAUUAGAAUAAUGUUAAAAACAAUUCUUGGUAAAUUGCUUGCUAUGCCUGCGUGAUCAAGUUCGAAGCACGUUCGAAUACUUACGUUAGAAUUAGACCGUACGGUGGUUAGCGUCGGUUUGAACUAGUCCGACCGGUUUACAAAAUUACUGUUUAGGAUUUACUCUUACGAAAUGUGCCUGCUCUGUGAAAGAUGUGUGUUCACAACGACAAUCAACAAACUAAAGAUGAGAUUUUCGAUGUUUUAGGAUUGAUUCACGCCAUCUAAAAAGAAAGUAAAUCUAAAGUAAAGAGAUCCAGUAAAAGGCUAAAACGCUGAACAACAGAAUCCAGUACAGGAUUUCUUCGCUUGGCUGCGCUGAUAGGGAAAUGAUAGAACCUGAUAUGAUUUCAAAAUGCCACAGUGCCUUUCAAUUUUGCCUGCAUUAUUCAAAAGUGUGCAUGGAAAUAUUUUUCAUCGAAACGAAAGGUCGUUGACAGCAGCAAGCAAGUGAGUGCAGCUAGUCGUUUGAAAGAGAAAAGAUGUAGCUCACUUUUAUUCACAUUUCAAUUUACUUGUCAUUAGAUUUAAAAAAGUUACCUUAAGCAGCGGACAAAACGUGCCCAAGACUGGCCUCCUAAUCCUUUGGUGCAGGUGGGUGGCCAGACUCAAAGGCCAAUUUAUUCAUUAUGAUGAUAUGGAAGAGUUUUGAUUUAUCAGUCAAUUUUCAUUGACGCCAAUAAUGUCUAGCAACGUAAUUUUCAAUCAAUCGACAUACCAAUCAAUUAACUGAUAUACCGGUGCAAAGGUGUGCGUCGCAAGAAACG